AUGGCCCCCCUCUACGAAAUCUGGCUCUUCGAAGCAAAACCCGUCCCGGAGCUCGACCUCCCCGUAUCCUGGACCCCCGCCUUGCGCACCCUCGGCACAAACACCACAAACCUGUACACAAUCGCCGGCGGUAUCCGGCUCGCCGACGGGCCCUACACCCACCGCAUUAUGCGCGGCAUCCCCUUCAACCCGGCCUUCGACCCCAUCUCCGACUUUGACAAGUUCACCCCCAUCGGGACGCUCGAUGAGGCGGGGUUCUGCAAGUUCGAGGAGGUCUUUGAGAGGACGGAGGCGGGGCCAAAUCAGUUCUUCUUCAUUAGGGUCUUUGGGGAGAUGGCCAUGGCGGGGCUGAUGAGCUGGGAUGUUGUUAGGGAGUGGAGGGGGAAGGCGAGGUAUGCGGAGAGGGAGUGGGAGAUGUUUUUGGGCGAGUAUACGAUUGCGGAUCGGAGGUUUAUCGGGAUGCUUGAGCAGAUGGAGCAGAAGAAUUAG